AAUUUAUAUCGGUUGGAUAAAGCUAAUAUCAUUUCCCACCCUUCCAUUUUGCCUAAACCUCAAGUAUGUUGCUACUUUCUCCAGCAUCCACCUCACUAUUACCAAAGCCAUUUCACAAUUUCAAUGCUAGAGAUAGAACAACAACAACAACCAGAUUUGUAUCUCCCCUGAAAAUUUCAGCCAAGGCAAAGGAAAGCAGCGAUGAGAGCACCCCCACCAUUGCAGAGAUAGCAGCCAUUGCAGGAGGCUUAAUCUCCACCCCUGUGAUUGGCUGGUCCCUGUACACCCUCAAAACAACCGGGUGCGGCCUGCCGCCUGGACCGGGCGGUUCAAUCGGCGCACUCGAAGGUGUCAGCUAUUUGGCCGUCCUGGGGAUUGUGGGUUGGUCCUUGUACACCAAAACCAAAACCGGCUCCGGUCUGCCCAACGGACCCUUCGGACUGUUGGGUGCUGUUGAAGGUCUGUCUUUCUUGUCCUUGCUCUCCAUUUUGGUGGUGUUUGGGUUGCAGUUCGUUCAGAAUGGCUCCAUUCCAGGUCCAAUCCCAACUGACCAGUGCUUUGGAUGAGUUGGGAUUAUUGGCCGGUACAAUCCUAUCUUGUGUUUGUGGACACGGUUGGUUGGUCCUCCAAUUGAUCAUGCUUUUCAAUUACUAGGAUAAUGUGUAGGGUAUCUAUCUAAAAGAAAUAUGCCAUUACGAUGUUUUUCCCAACUUUCCUUUCUUCUGUGAGUAGAAAUGAAUAUCAAAGAAUUACAAAGUGA